UUGCAGGAUCUGUUAGCUAAUCCAAAAUGCUCACUACUGGUUGCUAGAGAGCCAGAAGAUAGGACCGGUUUGAGGAUCACCCUACAUGGUGAUGCAGUGUUGGUUUCUGAUAAAGACCAAGCGGCUGUUCGAUCUGCCUAUUUAGCCAAGCAUCCUAGUGCUUUCUGGGUUGAUUUUGGAGACUUCAGCUUUAUGCGAAUUGAACCAAAAGUUGUGAGAUUUGUUUCAGGGGUUGCAACUGCUUUUCUAGGAUCUGGAGAAUUCAGCAAAGAGGAGUACCAAGGAGCCAAAGUCGAUCCUAUAGCUCAGUUUGCAAAGCCUGUAACGUCACACAUGAACAAAGACCAUGAAGAGGAUACCAAAGCUAUUGUACACCAUACAACAUCCAUACCUGUGGAGAGUGCCUUGAUGCUUGAUUUGGACAGCCUUGGUUUCAACGUUAAGGCUACUCUUCAAGGGAACACCUUCAAGAUCCGAGUACCGUUCCCAAGACGCGCACAAGACAGAAAGGACGUCAAGACACUGAUAGUGGAAAUGCUUCAAGCUGCUAAGUCUGUUUCCAAUUAGUUUUGCUAAAAUAAAGAUGUAAAAAACUUCAUGUCUUGUUCUGAAACCCGCUCCCAAGAUCUGUGAAUAUAUUAAGACUAGAACAAAACUAGAUACAUGAAAAAGGGAACUCAUGUAUGCUUAUUACACAUCCGCCAUGGUUAUGAUAUCAAAUAGUAAUAAAACAGUGAAAACAACAUUUUAUAA